ACAAAGCAUCCAACAGACCUGGUGAAUAAUGAUGCGUGUGCGUGGGCCAUCUUCUCCAGGUCUUGUCUGCUUUUUAAAAAGAAGACAAGACCAGAAGCUCAAUUCGGAGAUGAAUUGAGUCGAGCAUCGAGUGUCUCUUCAAGGACCUUCGUCAAAUCUCAGAGGACUGUGCAGACCAAAAGAUCUCAGAGUUUAUUGCAAAGUCUUCAAGGCAGCAGGCUUCUCGUGUUCCGGUGCUGCUCUCGCUGCUCCGCGGUACAAACGCUCACACCCGCUCCUGGACAACCGAAGAGUCGCCUGUGGACCGGUGGAGGGCUGGAGGACGGUUCCGCAGCACCGGGACUAAACAAACCUCCGCCCCGCUCACAGUGGACCGGACUGACGACUGCUGGGACAAGAGGAAAACAGCUUUGGGAAAAAAACAUGGAUGACUACUGAGGAUUAGAGUUCUCUGAAUUUUUUUUUCUUUCUUUCUGCAUCAGUCACAUUUGUAUAGGAGACUAUUUGGCUGAACAUUCGGAUACUGGAAGGAGGACGGGAAGAGGACAACAUGGACUUAGUGGGAGAGUCAGAGCAAACAGAUGAGUCACUUAUGAGUGACAGAUGAUGCAGCAGUGUCUGGAACAGUUUCUUCUCACAGACCAUGGAGCUAAUUGGACCAAGAGAAAGGGAGAAAGUGUUUUUUCACAAGUGUCUGCCUUUUUUUUUUCCAUUUAUUUUGCCAGUGACACAACAGUCUGAGGCAGUUGGGAACCAAUGACCUAAUUCAAAUUAAAUGACCUCACACUGAUAUGUAGCCCGCCUCCUCACCGGGUGAUGGAACAUAAUCACAAGUCAGAUAUCAUUAAGGCCAGAGUGUGUGAAGUUACAUGAUACUUCUGUGGGUUUAACCAGGAGGAGUGAGUUUUGAUGUUGCGUGCAGUGAUGUUACGGCGCGGACUACUGUUAUGGGUGUCCCGUGUCGGGGGGCUUCUGGUACUCCUCUGCUGCUCACUUUCGCUCCUUUAUGUGAUGAGAUGCAGCCCGCCAUACUCUAAUGACCCUCCACUGAGUCAUAUAUUACCCCACGCUGGAUCUAAUCAUCCCAACCUGGGAGGCACGAGGCCGGAGACUGGAGCGGGAGCUGCUGGGGUCGGAGGAGCUGGGCCCGCCCACAGCGGCGGUCCUCCAAGUGCCCAUUCUUACCAGGUGCUCCUCCAAGAGCGUGAGGAGCAGCACCGCCUCCACAUCUCCUCCUUGAAGAAACAGAUAGCUCAGUUGAAAGAGGCAUUGCAGGAGCGCAGCCAGCAGUUGAAAGGAGUACAGGAAAGCCUGAAAAGAGCCAAUGGAGGCCCAGCAGAGGGGCAGGAAGGAGGCGCUGCCUCACAAGGAGGUGGUGUUGGAGAAGCUCAGGGAGCCAAGAGCCAGCCGGCGGACCUACAGGAGUUCCUGAAGGCCCAGCUGUCAAAGGCUGAGGUGACCUCCGGCAUCAGGUUGCCCAGCGAGUACGCCGUAGUACCAUUUGAGAGCUUCACCCUGCAAAGAGUAUACCAGCUGGAGAUGGGGCUGACGCGUCACCCUGAGGAGAAGCCUGUGAGAAAGGACAAACGAGAGGAGCUUGGGGAGGUCCUGGAGACAGCUCUGCAUAGUCUCAAUACGCCUUCAUCUGAGCAGGACCGCAGGAGUGCAGCGGAAAAUGCCCAAGCUAGCAAAGUCUACACACCAUCUGACUUCAUAGAAGGUAUCACACGUACAGAAAAGGACAAAGGUACAUUGUACGAGCUGACCUUCAGAGGGGAGUCAAGUAAUGAAUUCAGACGCCUGGUCCUCUUCCGGCCCUUCGGACCACUCCUGAAGGUGACAAACGAGAGAGUGGACACAACCAAUGUGCUCAUCAACAUCAUCGUCCCGCUGUCCCGACGCACGGACAAGUUCAAGCAGUUCAUGCACAACUUCAGGGAAGUCUGCGUGCGUCAGGACGGCCGGGUCCAUCUGACGGUGGUGUAUUUUGGGAAAGAGCAGAUGAGCGAAGUCCAGAGCACUCUGGAGAACACAUCCAGGGAGGCAAAUUUUAAGAACUACACGCUGAUGCAGCUGGACGAGGAGUUCUCUCGGGGGCGGGGUCUGGACAUCGGCGCCCGAGCUUGGAAGGGAGGCAACGUGCUUCUUUUCUUCUGCGACGUGGACAUCUACUUCACCGCCGACUUCCUCAACACCUGCCGACUCAACGCACAGGCUGGUAAAAAGGUUUUCUACCCAGUGUUAUUCAGCCAGUACAACCCCAGUGUGAUCUAUGGGAGUCCCGAUCGUGUCCCAGCAGUGGAACAACAGCUGGUGAUCAAGAAAGACACGGGCUUCUGGAGGGAUUUCGGUUUCGGCAUGACCUGUCAGUACAGGUCCGACUUCCUCAACAUUGGAGGUUUUGACAUCGACAUCAAAGGCUGGGGCGGCGAAGAUGUUCACCUCUACAGGAAGUACCUCCACAGCAACCUUCUGGUGGUUCGAGCGCCGUCGCGAGGCUUGUUCCACCUGUGGCACGAGAAGCAAUGCGCCGACGAGCUCCCGCCCGACCAGUACCGCAUGUGCAUGCAGUCCAAGGCCAUGAACGAGGCCUCGCACGGCCAGCUGGGGAUGCUCUUCUUCAGGCACGAGAUCGAAGCUCACCUCCGCAAGCAGAAACUGCAGCAAAACUCAAACGCUAAGAAGACUUGAAUGCUCGAGUCAGCGGCUGAAUUACGAUGGCUCUCUGUGCAAUCGGAGCUGGUGAACCCAGCUGAUCUGAACUUUAUGCUUUAAGCGGAUUGCUGUGAAAUGCUCUUGUUUGCUGUCUUGCUGAGAACUAUUGAGAUGGUUUACUUGGGAAAAUCUCUCCCUGUCUUGUUGGGUUAUGCUGACCUGUAAAAAAAAGUCUGUUUUUUUCAUCUUUUGGAUGGGUCCGUCUAGUUCUGUUUUACCUGCGUUAUCAGUCUUCAGACUAGGCUAAAGCGGGCUUAAGUCUGUCUUGUCAUCUAACUCACAGCUAGAAAACAAACACGUGGUUAACAAAAUGUAAAGCUUCUCGUUUUAAUGACAAGAUGUGAGGACUUUAUUGUUUUUAAGGACUCAACAUAACAGAAACUGUUUUGGCUGUGCGUCUUCACUGUUGAAGUGGAGAGUCGGACACUUCCUGCAGCAUCCAUCUGUACUGUAAGGUGCUUUUCAGCGCUCUCCAGAAGAAAACGUGGAGCCUUAAAUUUUGAGCUUUAAGUUGACUGUGAACUGCGUGCCUUCUGUGAAUAACUCCUGAACACUGUCUGCUCUGGAUGACCAGUAAAACUAAGUGAACCUUCCUGCAGGUUUUAUAUAUAUAUUGGGGAACACUGCCACCCAGUGGGCAGGGGUUGAAUAACGUGCUUGUGAACAAUUAAGGACUUUUAUAAAGCCUUAAAUGCCCUUGUAGGUUGUUUUUAAUAUAUACAUAUAAAUUAUUGUUUAUUGAU